AUGACAGGCAGUAAAAAGAAACAUGGAAAGGAAAUCGGGGUUCCUGCAGAAUCAAUUGAGAAUUUCAAGCCAAAGAAACCUAAGGCGUCCGAAGAAAAGACUAAGCCCAAGUUAAAGAAACCCAAGGCACCUGGAAGCAAGAUUAUCAUUGAAGAGCAACCCGAAGUAAACGAGAUUAAUAAAGAAGAAAAAGAAGCUGUUGAAAAGAAAAAGAAAAAGAAGAAAGCCGAGGUCUCAAGUACUUCUUCUGCAACAAAAGAAAAAGAAUACUGCCAUCCCAAUGAUGCUAUCAGUCCUACCAGAUCAAACAGACCUCGUUUUGAACGUUACCUUGAUCCCAAGAUAUAUACUAAGAUGGUUGAGAAAGGAGAAUUACAUGAGGGCAUUUUACGUGUCAAUAGGCGUAGUCGAACUGAUGCUUAUGUUACUUGCGAAAACUUGGGUGGAGAUAUCUUUAUCAAUGGUCAGCAUGAUCGUAACCGUGCUCUUGAUGGUGAUACAGUUAUUGUGCAACUACUAGACCUCGAAACAAUCUGGGCCAAGAAGAAGGAGCAAAUGAUUCAGAAGCGUGAAGAAAGACACAAGACUGCCCUUGAAAGACCACCCAGAGAUGAAGGUGAAGACGAUAAAGCCAAGCCUAAGUACGUUGGUAAAGUGGUUGCCAUCAGCAAUACUAGCAAACUCCAAACAUGCUCAGGAACUCUCAGUGUUCACAGACAUAGUUCACAAGAUGAACAGUCAUUAAAAGCAGACGGUGAAGAUGAGAAUGGACCAACUGAAUCAGACGGUCAAAAGCAGAUCAAGAUUGUUUGGUUUAAACCUGUUGAUUUGAGAAAGCCUCUUAUGGCUAUUCCUAUCCGCCAUGCCCCUCUUGACAUAAUAGAGAAUCCAAAGAAAUACACCAACUUGCUUAUGGUGGCCAAGAUUACUCGAUGGCCUAUUGACUCUCCUCAUCCCUUAGGUUCAGUCCUUCGUGAACUCGGUCAUAUAGGUAAUAUUGUUGCUGAAACUCAAGCUGUCUUGGAAGACAAUCAUAUCAUUGAACAGCCCUUUGGAAACAAAGCACUUAAAUGCUUGCCUCAAGUGCCUUGGUCUAUCUCACAAGAAGAGAUUGAUAAACGUCGUGAUUUGCGUGACUAUAGAAUAUUUACUAUUGAUCCAGCCACUGCUAAAGACUUGGAUGAUGCUGUCCAUAUCAUCAAACUAGGAAAAGACGAGUUUGAAGUGGGUGUUCAUAUUGCUGAUGUGUCUCAUUUUGUUCAUCAACACACUGCCUUGGAUCAUGAAGCAUUUGAUAGAGGCACAAGUACUUAUUUGUGUGACCGUGUCAUUCCCAUGUUGCCUUCUUUACUCUGUGAACAACUCUGUAGUUUGAACCCUGCUGUUGAACGAUUGGCUUUCUCUGUCAUUUGGAAGAUGGAUGGAGCAGGUAAUAUUAAGGAUACAUGGUUUGGUAAAUCAGUGAUAAAAUCCUGUGCCAAAUUGGCCUAUGAAGAUGCUCAGCAAGUUAUUGAGGGUCAUGGUUUACCUAGCACUGCUUCUGUCAAAUCAUUUGCUGUGUCUGAAGUAGAACAAGAUAUCAAAUACCUUUUCCAACUCUCUAAGCAGAUGCGUGAACGUCGUUUUGCUGGUGGUGCAUUGUCUAUUAACUCUAUUCGUCUUUCUUUCAAGUUGAAUGAACUAGGUGAACCUUGUGCUGUCUCUAUUUACGAACAAAAAGAUGCCAAUCGCCUUAUUGAAGAAUUCAUGUUGUGUGCUAAUACGAGUGUUGCUCAAAAGAUUGCUUCACAUUAUCCUAAUGAUGCCUUGCUUCGUCAACACUCUCCUCCUCAUGAAAAGAGUCUUGAUGAGUUUAUCAGAAUAGCUGAAGGUAUGGGCUAUAGUUUUGAUGGUUCAUCUGCUGGUGCUUUACAAAAGUCAUUUAAUGCUAUUGAAUCUGAAGACGUCAGAGCAGUCCUUCGAUUGUUGGCUGUGAAGCCUAUGCAACGUGCUAAAUAUUUCUGUACUGGCUCUUGCGACGCUGCUAAAUACGGUCAUUAUGCUUUAAAUAUACCUCUUUAUACUCACUUCACUUCACCUAUUCGUCGUUUUGCCGAUAUCAUUGUCCAUCGUCAAUUGGAAGCAGCUCUCAAGAACAAACAGUCUUGCGGUUACAAGAAAGAUGCUGUCACAAAGGUUGCUAUUCAAUGUAAUGAACGUAAGGAAGGAGCCAAGAAUUCUCAAGACAUGAACAUCCAACUUUACCUUGCUCAUUACUUGUAUAUGAUUGAGACCAAGACAAAAAAGCCUGUCAUUUGUACAGCUAUCGUCACUCAGAUCUUGAAGGAUUGUUUUGAAGUGUUGAUAUCUGAAUACGGCAUUGAAAAGCGUAUUCAUAUGGAUGCUCUUCCUAUCAAGAAGUAUGUUUAUGAUCCUCGUAAACAUGCCUUAUCUGUCUAUUGGCAAGAAGGAAUCGAAGCUACUCGUGAAUACGAUAUGAAUCGUAAAUUAGAUGAAGACUAUAGAGAGCCUUCAGGUACUCAAUUAUAUCUUAAUCAAGAUUCAAGCGAUGACAAUGACGAAUCAACAGCUACCAAAACUAUUUAUGAAAUUCCUCAAGAACUACUCAACGAUAAUUUGAUUGACAAUGAAGCCAAAUCACAACGUUUCGAGACCUUUUCUAAGCUACAAGUUCGCAUUCAAGUGAAUGUAGAACGUUCACCUCCUAUUGUCAACAUUUAUCCUGUUAACCCAUUUAUGUAA